AUGUGUAAUGUUUGUACUCGAGAUGUUGUGGCGCCGACGCCGGCGGCUGCCAAGCCGAGUAAGACUUUGGAAAGGAUGAAGAUGAAGCACAACAUCGUCACCGACCCCACCAAUAUGGAGAAGCAGAAGGAGGUGGAGUACCAGCCUGAUUUACUGGCUAUGUCCACACAAUACUCCAAGCUGGCCUUCGACAUCAUCAAGCAGAGUUUCGAGCGUUUCAAAGACACGAAAGUUUACGCUAUCGCUACAAGGACGACCCAGCCGUUCCACGUGGCGCUGGCCGUUCUAGUGGUCAUCAUCUGGCUGAGUCGCUCGGGCUCGUCGUCGGACCUGCGAGGCUGGAGGGCGCUGUACGUGAUAGCGGUCGCCACACACCUGGGGACGCAAAUCUGGAUGACGCUGGUAUCAGGUAUCGUGUUGUACUUCUCUCUGCCGCGUCACGAGUUCGGUCGCGUGCAGACCGUACUUUUCCCCGUGUACUACGCGUUCAACUCCGUCGUGAGCCUGCUGGCUGUCCUCGCCUACUUCAGGACCCAGUGCCUCACGCGCUUCGAGAACACAUCCUGGAUACAACUAGCGCUGCUGUUAGUAGUAUUCAGUAUAGAGGCGUACGUGCGCCUGGGACUAGUGGCGCCCAUGUUGCGCGCCAAACACGUCAAGACACAGAUGGAGGAAGCGGCUGGUGGCGGACAGGAAGUGGGUCGUCUUAUCUUGGGAGAGCUGGCUCACUGUCCCCGCUACCUGCGCGUGCUGCGCACCUUCCGCGCCUACCACUCAUCCAUCGCCAUGGGCACCAUGAUAACCCUGGGCUGCUCCUUCUACUCCACCAUGAUCGUGGUCGACUCCAUGUGCCAUUGA